AUGAAAGUCAGGUCCGGGAAAGAGUAUACGGCUGACAAUGCAAUUUCAAUGGUUCCAGGUCUAGAUUUCUUAGGUACUAUUAAGCUUGUGAAUUAUAUUCGGUCGAAUGUUCAAUCGGGAAACACAAAGCCAGAUCUAUCGUCAAGCUCUCUUUUCGAAGACGACGUAUACCUUAAACCUGUGUUGGAGGAUGAUGCACUCCUUUACAACUUGGAAGAUAUUUCAGAUCCCGAAGAAGAACAGAAAGCCGAUGGCCAGGAAGAAACCGCAAGUCCUAGCGGCAGGAUAAAGGAUCUCGAGGAGGAGCUCAGUCGUCUUCGCGAGGAAUUUAUCGAAUACAAACACAUGGUUCAAAGAUCUCUUGGUAAGCAGCUCGGGAAUGAAACAGAAAUGGACCAGACUAGCUCGCCGAAGCAGCACCAAGAAGACGACAUGGCUUCCAGCAGGUUCAAAAAUGCGGAGGCAGGAUAUUUCACUUCAUACUCAUAUAACAGUAUGAACACUUUCCGCUACAGACUUUCGGCAAUACAUGAGUCUAUGUUGAAAGAUACUAUUCGCACCGACGCGUACCGCGAUUUUGUUUACGACAAUAAGAGCCUUUUCAAAGACAAAGUCGUGUUAGAUGUGGGCUGCGGAUCCGGAAUUCUGUCCAUGUUCUGCGCGAAAGCUGGGGCGAAAAUGGUUAUCGCCGUAGACAAUUCAGAUAUCAUUGACAAAGCACGUCAAAUUGUGUACCAGAAUGGAUUUGGCGAUGUGAUAAAGUGUAUACGUGGGAAAAUCGAAGAGGUCGUUUUGCCUGUGAAGCAGGUUGAUAUUAUAAUCUCAGAAUGGAUGGGAUACUGUCUACUAUUUGAAGCAAUGCUCGACUCUGUGCUUUUUGCCCGAGACCGGUACCUCGCCCCUGGGGGUUUAAUGGUACCUUCACAUGCUACACUUCGAAUCGCUCCUAUCGCAGACCCUGAUUUCAUUGAUGAGAACAUAUCAUUUUGGAAUUCCGUAUACGGAUUCAAAAUGUCAAGUAUGCUCGAGAACGUCUACGACGAAGUUCUCGUCCAAACGUUAAAACCCUCAGCAGUGCUUGCCGACUCUGCUCUGUUUAUGUCGCUUCCUUUGCACACAAUUACGGUUGAAGAGCUUACGUUUGUGAAAGACUUCAAGGUUUCCAUCACGAAAGAUGCCGAGACUCUUGAUGGGUGGCUCGUUUGGUUUGAUAUGUUCUUCAUGCCAUCAUGCCAAACGAAGCUUCCUCAGGAUGCAGUACCUAGCGCUAUGAAGAAAGCAGGUCACGUAGCCUUCACUACCGGACCUGAUGGACAAGAAACCCAUUGGCAACAAGGAGUGUUUCUAAUAAACCGUGAAACGAAGCUACCAGUUCCGGUUAAAAGCGGCCAAGUGCUCAAGGGAAAUAUUCGAUACAAGAAGAAGGAGGAUAAAUCUCGGUUGUUGGAUAUCCGUAUCGAGUGGUCUGUGGAGGAAGAGUCACCAGUGAGCCAAGAGUGGGCGCUACAGUGA